AUGGAGGGACCCACCCCAGAGCCCGCAUAUGUUGAUGUGGACAAGGGACUGACACUAGCAUGUUUUGUCUUCCUCUGCCUUUUCUUGAUUGUGAUGAUAAUUCGCUGUGCAAAAGUCAUCAUGGACCCUUACAGUGCUAUCCCCACAUCCACAUGGGAGGAGCAGCACCUGGAUGACUGAAGGGGCUUG